UCUCCUAUCACUCGCAUCACCCUCUAGUAACACACAAAUCCAAGCUUUCGCCUUCUCCUUCUCCUUCUCCUUCUCCCUCUCCUUCUCAACCCAACACAGAAGCUCUAAAGCUGUCUCUGCUGUCCCAUUUGGUGAAGGUAUGGCGAAGGAAGUGGAGGUGUCGCAGCCAGGCGAGUUCACAACUCGGGACUACCACGACCCGCCUCCGGAGCCGUUAUUCAACUUUCAUGAACUCACCAAAUGGUCUUUCUAUAGAGCCCUCAUAGCUGAGUUCGUAGCUUCCGUUCUUUUCCUUUAUAUUGGAACCUUGACGAUUAUCGGGUACAAGGAUAUGUCCGACCCGACUAAGACCUCUGAUCCUUGUAAUGGUGUUGGUCUCCUUGGUAUCGCUUGGGCUUUCGGUGGCAUGAUCUUCAUCCUCGUUUACUGCACCGCCGGUAUCUCUGGUGGGCACAUAAACCCGGCAGUGACGUUCGGGUUGUUCCUAGCAAGGAAGGUGUCUCUGAUCAGAGCAGUGAUGUACAUGGUAGCACAGUGUCUUGGUUGCAUCUGUGGAGUAGGGUUGGCUAAGGGAUUCCAGCAGUCCUACUUCACCGGGUACAAGGCCGGAGCAAACGUAGUUGCACCGGGCUACACCAAAGGAGUGGCUUUGGGUGCGGAGAUCAUUGGUACCUUCGUCCUUGUCUACACCGUUUUCUCCGCCACCGACCCCAAGAGGAGCGCCAGAGACUCUCAUGUCCCCGUGUUGGCACCACUCCCUAUUGGGUUCGCGGUUUUUAUGGUUCACUUGGCUACCAUCCCAAUUGAUGGCACAGGCAUUAAUCCGGCUAGGAGUUUUGGAGCUGCUGUGAUCUACAACCAUGACAAGGUCUGGGAUGACCAUUGGAUCUUCUGGGUUGGACCUUUCAUUGGAGCAGCCCUUGCUUCCUUCUACCACCAAUUUAUUCUUAGAGCCGCCGCCAUUAAAGCUCUGGGUUCCUUCAGAAGCAACCCCCACAACUAAGCUUUCACUCUUCUUCCUCAAUAGGAGCACCCUGGUGAUAUUGGUGGUUGUUUGGUUGACGGUGUUUUCAAGAGAGAAUUGUAAUAAAUGAGAGGUGUCUGCAAGUCUGUGAAGAGGGGCCUAGCUUGAAGACCCAUGGAAAAUGUAGAUAAAACAAAACAGUUAUGUCUUUUUCCAUGUCAAGUCUUAUUUGGGGUGAGAGAGAGAGAGAGAGAGAGAGUCUAGUGAGUGGGGGAGUGUUUUCUAUCUAUCGCUUUUGCUUUUCUGAAUUUUUCUUUCUAUCAUUAGUGUAUGUAUCUUUAAUCAGUGGUGGUGUAUUUUUCUCCUUCAACAAGUGCAUUUGACUUAGUUACAA